GGUCCUAACUGUUGCCACACAGGAAACAGAUGGUUAUCUUAGAUUCAUGCAGUCAGCCAACUACUUCAACUACACUGUCAAGGUGCUGGGCAUGGGAGAGGAGUGGAGGGGGGGAGACGUGGGGCGCUCCAUCGGAGGAGGACAGAAGGUGAGACUACUGAAGGAGGCCAUGGAGGCACUGACUGACCAAGAAGACCUGGUGGUACUGUCUGUAGACAGUUAUGAUCUUAUCUUUGCCGGGGGACCUGAAGAAAUCCUCAGGAAGUUCCAGGAAGCCAAUCACAAGGUUCUGUUUGCCGCCGAUGGUCUGAUCUGGCCUGAUAAACGCCUACAGGAGAAAUACCCCUCUGUCCGCAGCGGCAAGCGCUUUCUCAACUCAGGAGGCAUCAUCGGUUACGCCCCGUAUGUGAACAAGAUUGUCGAGCAGUGGAACCUUCACGACAACGAUGACGAUCAGCUAUUCUACACCAAAAUAUACCUGGACUCUUUUCAGAGGGAGAAUUUGAACAUUGGUUUGGACCACAAGUCUCAGAUUUUCCAGAAUUUAAAUGGAGCAAUUGACGAGGUUCUCUUGAAGUUUGGAACGAAGAGUGCCCGAGUGAGAAACACUGUUUACGACACCCUGCCAGUGGUCAUCCAUGGCAACGCAAACACCAAA